AAUAUUUGCAGAGCGGCGAAGAAAUGAACAACUUCUUCUGAAGAUUUCAUAUGACGACUUCAGCGCCCUCCUGGGUUGAUUCUGGACUUAGAGAGUCGGCACAUAGCCGUCUUCUCUGGACUGGCUCUAAUCACAUCUGGAUCCCAAGGGCAUUGGUGCACAGCGGAGCCCCCUGGAGCUCCGCAGCCUCCUGCGAGGGGCAAAUUCUUGCAGUCCGGGGCACUUUCCCCGCUUCCUCUGACUUUGUGCCCAUCGGCUGAUUUGGGUUCAUGGAGCUCGGGUUGUGGUUCCUUUUUGGACUUACAGUGACCUCCACCGCAGGGUUCUUGCCUCCGACAGUGUCUCGCCUGGAGCCAGAGGCAGCUGGAGGGGGCGGGGGCCCUAGCGUUCCCGCAGCCCAGGAAAGCGAUGGAGAAGAGAAUGAAGCAGUGGCCGUGGUGGUCACGGAGCUGAGCCCGACUGGGGCCGGGCAGGACAAGGGCUCGCACCGGCCCAGGGAGCCCAGGAAGGCAUCAGUUGGAGCAGGAGAAAGCGCUGCACGCAAGAGAGAAAAGCGCUGCACUUGCUACACUUACAAGGACAAAGAGUGCGUGUACUAUUGUCACCUGGACAUCAUCUGGAUCAAUACACCCGAACGGACUGUACCAUAUGGGCUCUCCAAUUACAGAGGCAGCUUCCGGGACAAGAGAUCUGCAGAUCCUACCCUCAGGACUUCGCCACCAUUUGAAGGGCCUCGGAACCGAUGUUCUUGCACAGAACAAGAUGAUGGUGACUGCAUUCAUUUUUGCACCAGAACUGAGGACAACAGAAGUAAUUCAAGGACAGUAGAAAAACAUCAAGACAGAGAUGUGGAACAGCCUCCAGAAAAGUGGCCCUGACAGCACAAAUGCAUGAACAGAGAUUAGUUGAAGGCAGGAAAAAAAAACCAAGAAGACUGUAUCUGCAAUGAGAGAAACAAAUGAAUGCUUCAGGCAGACACCAGAUCUCACCAUGUGGUAUCCCUGCAUUUGUGCUAUUCCAAAAAAGAGAAAGCUGCUGAAGUAUUUUGCAUUCUGUGACACCUUGUUCUCCAAUUGCUCUGACCACUGGGACACAUAGGAUUCAAAUUUCCAUUCUUCUCUGCCAAAGGAAUGAGUUUUACUCAGAAAACUAGCCAGUUUCCUCAUCAAAAUGACAUGCCCCAAUCCAAAGAGUAGCAAAAUAAAACUAGUCAAGUUUCUUUAAUGGAUAAAAUACUCCCAGAUGUGCUCUGGGGGUCAUGGCAUCCAACAACUCUGGUUUCAUGCAGGAAGUUGCUUUUGGAGAAAUAUGGCAAGUCAGAAAAAUACUUACUUGCAUUUAUACACAGAUUCACAUCCUAAACAAGUAGAUAGCAAACUAUUUACAAAUGUAAACAAAUGCCCUUACUAUAAUAAAUGCCAAAUAUCUAUGCAGAAAAAUCACAGCUGAUAACUUGUAUCUGAAAAUAUAGCAGGCUAGCAUUCCAUGAAAUUAGCCACUUAGUAAGUUAUCCACAUUAGACACAAAUCAGAUCUACCUUGGUGGUUAUGGUUCUGAAGCUCAUAGUACUUAAUGUAAAGAAAUCUGGAAACAGUGUUACUCAUCAAAAGAGUGUAUCUCAAAGUUGAAAUUGCAUUUUGGGGGACAUUAAGAUAAGUAAAUUAAUACAUGCAAUCUUUCAACUAUGCUAAGCUCCACAUGUAGCUCAUUCAUAUUUAACUGGCCUUUCCAUUUUCAUCUUUCCCAAUACAAAGGUGGCCCAUUGGAGGAUUAAUUUAAAUUUCCAGCAUGAGUUGUUCUUAAGAAAUCUGACUAUGGGGGGGAAAGGGGUAUUGACCCACAGUGUUCAAGUUCAAUAUUUUUUUAAAGGAUCUUCUGGGGAUGAUUUCAAAAUAAACUUCCCCACCCUACCCUACCCCUUCUUUGUAAAUUAUGUAAAUUCAUAUUUAACUAUAUAAUUGAAAAGAAAAGCAACUUGGAAUUGUAACUUGUGGCUUUGUCUGUUCUGUUCCCUCUGGAUCUUGCUGUAAGCUUCUUUCUCUCCAAGCAUCUUAAAAUGUAACUUUUACUCUAUGAGAAGAUGUGUUGUGGAGGAGAUUGAAUCCCUACUACAUAGUACUGACUUUGGAGUUGGUGCUGAAGUAGUUAGAGUGGAGACAGCUAAUGUAUUGAGCAAAGGAGGGUAGGUCUUGGCUAAAAUGUUAUAUUCCAUAUGAAUAUUAUGUAAGUUAUUGUAGUUGUAAAAGUAAAUAUCUUUAUUACAAGUAAAUGGUAAGUUUCUGAUUUCAUAGCAGAUUUUGUACAUUUUAGAAAAGCAGAUUAUUUAUUGUGAAAACUAUUUACUUCAACUAUUUCUUUGGGUGGAUUUUUUUAAAGUAAAGUCACUGUAUAUAUAUUUUUAAAACAGAAUGUGUUUUGAAUAAAAAAAACCCAGUAGACCACAAAUUAUUUUAAAAAUGCAUAUGUGCCAUUUGGCUAUGUGCUGUCUUUGGAAGAAAUCCUUAGUACUAUCAACACUUGGAACGUGGGCAUAAUCAAAUGCACAAUAAAUUCUCCAUACAUCA